GUAUCCAUAGUUUUAAAGAUAAUAUGUUGCCUCCUGAUGUUCAAGCUGCCUUUACCUUAAUCAUGAACAUGUACUGGCAGUUUCUUACUCUGGGUUGGCCCAUCCUCGAGAAGAAGAAGUAUCAUAGAACAGAUACCAAAGAAGUUAAGGAUAUAGGCUUUGUCAAGACAACUGUAUUGCAACGCUUGGGCUAUAUUCCGGUUUUCUUUUUCUUGGUCGAGUUCUUCGCUAAAGAGGAAUACCCGGGACCAUAUCGAGGUGUAGAGAAAGGGCUUCUAGUUUUAUAUCAACUGUUAACGGGACUUUCUAUUGCUCAAAUGGCCAGAUUUAUACCUUCAAGCAGUUUCCAUGCCAUAUACAAUGCCUUCUAUGUUAAAUAGUAUGUUGGAUAAAUGUCUUGCUACUAUGUUUUCCUCGACGAAGGGUCGUAUUAUUUGUGCCAGGCAUAACAACCCCGAGGGCUUUAAACAUGUACAGUGACUCACAAAACUGGCAACAUGUUUGCUCAUUUUUGGGUUUUUUCUCAGUAUUCGCAGCUGGGUACACUGUAUAGCUAUGUGCAUAGAGCAUAAGUAUCUACUACUCGCGCACUACAUA